AUGCGGGUGCUACUGGAUAGCAGCUGGAUGAGGUUUGGACCGGCUGGCAGAGGCUCGUAUGACUGGGUGACAGGAUCACCUUCAACACAGGAGAAGCAGGGCCACAACUGGAAUGACCUAGGAGAAGACAGAAAACCAGAGCUGGUGAUCUACGUGGUCCUCCCUAUCGUCUCCGUCCUAUUACUGGCUCUCUUGGUGGGCCUGGUCUACCGCCGAUGCUCCCGCAGCAAGCUAAGCCUGGCCAACAUCAUCGCCCUGGACCUCGAGGAUGCAGAGAGCAGCGCUGAGUUCCUCUCUUCCCUCACCAGGAACGCAGAGCGCCACACUAGCACCAGCUCCGAUGGAUCAGAUGGGGUCUUUGUCAUGGUCUACCUGCCUCCACCCUAUGAGGACACACUCACCAAGAUCACCCGAGCUGCCAGCCUCUCCAGCUCCAAAGAUGCAGAGUCCAUAAAGAUAGAAGAUCUGGAGGCGAAGUUGUGUCCAGAGCUCAAGUCCAGCGGCCGUUAUGUGUGA